GAAAGUCACUGGAAAGGGAAAGAGAGGAGGGAUGAAAGUUACUGGAAGGAGAAGUGAGGAGGGUUGAAAGUCACUGGAAAGAGAAAAUGAGGAGGGUUGAAAGUCACAGGAAAGAGAAAGUGAGGAGAGUAAAAGGUCGAAUAGAAGGGAGAUGCACUGUUAGCGAUUUCUGAAAGACGAAGGAAAGCCAAAAUGAGGAGAAAACAGAGUGGACAGACCAGUAGAGUUUGACCCUGAGCAAGUUGGAUUACAGUACAAGAGAGGGCUUGGCUGUGUGCAGGUUACUGGUACUGAAGAUGGGAGAGCGAGGCAAGCUAGUAACAAGAUGGCAAACAUCAUUACGCAAGGGAACAGAUUUUGAUUCCUGGGGUCAGGUGGUGGAAGCAGUAGAAGAAUACCAAAUGUUGGAGAGGCAGCUCAACAAGGAAAUGAAUGCAAAACCUUCUGUGUUCUCUGAAAGUCAAAAGAAAACUCUGCAGCAAAUCAUGGCCUGUCUGAGUCUCAGAGCUGAAACAUUACAGUCACCAAAUGCAACAGAUGAACUUUCACUUGAAGAGUUGAAAAGAGUGGAUAGAGCCUUGCAAGAUUUGCUGUCAAGCUCACCUUCUCAGUUUCCAGUAGACUUGCCAGCAGGAGCACUACGGACACGAAAAAAUUCACCAAGAAAGAACUUUGAGAUUGACAUCGAGGGGGAGGAAGAUGAAGAGGAGGAGGAGGAAGAAGAAGAUGCUACGCCACAACUUCAAUCCAAAUCUCAAAACAUUAAACCUACUGGCACUCUUUUACCAAGGAUAGCCCAUGAGCCUGGAACGACGGGAAUGUCAAUUCAUAUCGAAAAGAUUGGUCUGAAAGAUUCUACUUCGUACCUUGAUCCCUUCAUCACAGUAUCUGUUAAAGAUAUGGCUGGCGUUGAUGUCAUGAAAUCACAAGAUACACCCGUUGCUACAAAGAGAGAGGACCAGUAUGUCAUCUACAAGGCAAAUGUGGAGUUACAAAAACCCCUGGAAAAAUUACCCAAAGGUACAGCAGUGUUCUUUGAGUUCAAGCAUUACAAAGCAAAGAAGAGAACAAUUAGCUGUAAAUGUUUUGCAUUCAUGGAGAUGGAUGAGAUCAAGAAUGGACCACUUGUCAUAGAAUUAUAUAGGAAGCCAACGGACUUCAAGAGGAAGAAGCUGAGUCUGUUAACAUCCAAACCACUUUAUCUUCAUCUCAAUUUGAAUUUGUAUGAGAACUGAGAAACAACUCAAGCUGGUGUGUGCUGCUACAGACUGCCUUAUGUUCGAAAUAUGGAAGCCCCUUUGAUUAGACAACUACACGCUUUAGAUACUUCUUAAAAGUGCACUGGCUUGACGAGAUAAGUUAGGACAAGAAGACGGGGAGAGUGGGUUGAGAGAACAAUGAAAAAAUAAACCAGGUUUCAUCAAGUGGACAUGGUCUGGACAAGAAGAUUAGAUCCCUGGCGAGCUCUAAUUGACUUGGUUAAGAAAGGCAAGAUCAAGGAUCUCAUCAUAUCGAUUUGAUGGCAACACAAAGACAAGAAGACACGAUGUUUGUCAUCUCGUUAUCCUGACAGGUCACUUGAUGAGAUCCAGUUUCUUAUCAUCUUUUACAAAUAAGAUUAACAUGAUCUUCUUGUCGUAUCUUCCUGAUGAAGAAUAACUUUACAUUUUGUGGGCGCGUGGUGGUCUAGUGGUUCUGACUCUCGCCUUUCAAACAGAGGGUUGCGUGUUCGAAUCCUAGCCACAGCCUGUUUUCCUACAGCAAGAAAUUUAUCCACACUGUGCUGCACUCGACCCAGGUAAGGUGAAUAAGGUAGGAAGAAAUUCCUCAAAUGCUCGAGCGCCCAAUCAAGGUAGGCGUGCUAAAGCCGGGGUAGUAAUAACAUCAUCAUGUUAUGCAGGGCCCGCUGGUAGAACAGUUUUCAGAAUUGAAGUGGCUUCCCUGGGUAAAAUAUGACAUUAUUAUUAUCUUGUAUCCUAUCUUCUUGUUAUCUCAAUAUGAAUGAUAUCUACACAUGUACAUCUCAGUUCACUUGGAAGUGGAUAGAUUCAGGAGAAACCAUCUUUUCUGGGCCAAAUAAUUUGUAGGUUGCUCGUAGAUCAUUUUACUAUUCAAUGUAAUAGACCGUUUGGUAAGAUUUUCAAAUUCUCUCACACUAUGUUACUUCAUGCCAACAUGCAGUGGUUUGCCCAAGGCUUGCCAGACAUAUCAACAAGUAAUACAUGCAAACUGAAUGCUAAGCAGUGAGAUCCACUUCUCUUUUUUUUUUUGAGCGCUUGAUGCUCAUAGAAGUAUGAAUAAAUUUGAAUAUGUUUCAGAACUGGUCUAUUUAUCAAACAUCUGUAAGCCUACAGUUAGUUUGCCAGUUGACUUAUUUACUAACUUGUUCAAAUGUAGCUCAUAAUUAUUACUCAUAAAUUGCUCUUGACAAGAUAAUGUUUGACAGAGGCUUGUUAGGCUUUGCAGCAAUUAAUGUAUGCACAGUGAAUGCCAAGUACUUAAUUUUUCACCACACUUCUCUUUAUUUUGUCAGCUUUAAAAAAAAAACUUGGAUAUUGAGGUAAUUGUUUUAAAGAAAUUUUUUUUUGGCUACCACGUCCAUUAUGUAUUUUAUGAUGGUUUAUUUCUGUGCCUCCACAAUUGAUCGCAAAAUCAACAAGACGGUGAAAUAUUUCCAAAAUUAAAAUGUUACAGCUAAAAUUUGUUACCUUUAUGUAUUCUAGACUGCUUGGGUUGGAUGUAAUGGGGUUAGCCUGCUAUUUAGGUAAGGCUCAUAAAUCAGAAAACUAAAAGAAGUUUAAAAAUUUGAGUUCAACUGAUGCAAUCUUCUUUUGAGGAAAAAUCAAUAUACACUUGAGUCCAUCAGAGAAAGAAUUGGAAGCAUGUUGUCAUGAAAAGUUUCAUUGAUUGAUCUGUGUUUAAAGAACGUGGGAUAAUCACAAUUCUAUUCUAAAUUGUAUUCUUUAAAGGUAUUCAUUUUAUUGCAUGGUGGCAUACUAUAUUGUUCUAUUUAUUCCUGAUGCAAAGAGAAAUCUGGUUUAACAUAUUACAAAAGUUUUAGUUAAUUAUGACCAUGCUUUGUAUUCGAUUAAAAACACAAAUAUUUAGCCUAUUUAUAGGCCAAACAGUUUUUAUCUAGUCGUUGACUGAUAAGCAUUGAUGGUCAUUUUAUCACACAUUAGCCACAACCCCAGCUUUUAGGUGUUGAUUGUCGGGUAAAGGCUUUGAAAAUAAUGCUGGAUGACUGAGCCCAAGAAUAGAAUCCAUAUACACGUAUAUUUAAAUAUUUUUACCCGUAGCUUAAGAGACCAGGAAAAAGGACAAUGGAAACUGUUGUGAACACAUAGUGUAUUCUAGUCGGUCUGUUUUCUACCAGUGCAACUCUGUAUGUUACUAUCAAUGACAAAACUAGUGGCAUGUCUUUGGCAUGCCCUGUGCAACAAGAAUUAUGGGAUAAAUGCAGUUCCCAAAUUAAUUCUCCUAUUCUAAUGAGCAAGCAAAUUCAUUGUAUAUUUACGAAGAACAUGGAUAUUUCUUCAAUUAAAUGCAUGUACCUGUGUUUAGCCAGAAUAAUAAUUGUAGAGCACAAGGGGGCCGUUUCAUAAAGCUGUUCAUAAGUUAUGCAUGAUUUUAUGCAUGAACUUACACACAAUCGAUGACCAGGGGGGUGGUUCACAAAGAUUUGUGUGACCUUGAGUGAAAUUUAAAAUGCCAAGUUGCAUGCGAUUAAAUCAUGCUGGAUUACACGUUUCCUUGCGUAUUAAUCAUUUGCAAUCAAUAAGAUUGGACUUUGUGACUCUUAGUCAUACUUCCAGGAACACCCCCCCUCCCACCGUUACUUGAUCUACAUGUAUAUGAUAUAAUCGCUAUGUAGCUGACUUAGCACUCAAGAACAUGCUCUAGUCAUGCAUAACUUACAAACAGGGUUAUGAAACAACCGUCAGAAGUGUCAUAUAUGAAAGACUUAAGCAAUGACUAUAUAAGAACAUAUAAUUAAUAUUUAUUAGUACUUUAUCAGCAUUUAAAAAGUGGAUUCAUAAUUUUAACGAUUGAACAAAACAUACCUUGAUAUUUCAGAUGAGUGCCUGUCAGUAAAUGUAAUUUUUUAAUAAUUGUAUUCAAUAUCUAUGAUAUAAAUGUUUUAAGUAUAAAUUUAGAUAUAAUGGAUAUUUAAUUCCUUUUAAGGUAAUCAUUUGUAAAUAUUAUCUUUGUCAUACAUGUGUAUAUUUGAACAAAAUAUAAUUGAAUAAUAAACAACUAAUGUGUAAAGGAAUUGAUUAC